UGAGCGUGGAAUCAUGGAACUUUUCGUCAUUCCGAUGGAUCUAAUCAUGUUUAUGGCGAAAUAAUGUUUAUGGAUUCGUGUUUUUAACAUCACUGUGGUAUGAAGCAGGGAGUGGCCGAGAAUCGCGGGCGCGAUUGCUAAUGAGAGACAGAUAUCAGUGUCACACGCGAGUCCCGGGGGAUAUGAGGACAUUUCAUUCUACCGAACUACUCGCAAAGCUGAAAUUCUUCUAAUACAGUUCAGUUUAUUUGUUAAGGUGAACUAACCCUAAUUGGAGCUCGUGCAUGAAGAAGUUUGUUUGCAGUGCCGCUGAAUCGUUCUUCUAGACACAGAACAGUGACUCAUUCAGUGAAGUGUGUAUUCUUUCGGCAGCCCCAAGGCCUACUAAGAGGAAACUCUCUGGCAGGUCACGUGAUCUCGCAGUAGCGCCUGCUGCCAGUCAGUGAAAGAUCGAACCGCUUCGGCUUCAUCCAGUCGAGUGCUGAGCGUCAGGGGAGUGAAGCGCGUGAGAGCUCAACACCAGAAUCAUGGCAACCACAACAGCAGAAGCCGAAACCCGUCAGAGAUUGCUGCGAAACGUGAAGAAAGAGGUCAAGCAGAUCAUGGAGGAAGCAGUCACAAGGAAGUUUGUUCAUGAAGACAGCAGCCAUAUUGUCUCAUUCUGUGCUGCUGUUGAAGCCUGUGUGCUUCAUGGGUUGAAGCGGAGAGCUGCCGGUUUCCUACGAAGCAACAAAAUAGCUGCGCUCUUCACCAAAGUGGGCAAAAGCUUCCCUCCAGCUGAAGAGCUGUGCAGAAAAGCCCAGGAGCUGGAGCUGGUCUUUGAGAGCAAACGAAGUCAGUCUCUCUCAUACAGUGAGAGCAGCCGUAAGAUGCCCAAGGUCCCAAACUUCUCACCUCAGGCCGUCAGAUAUGUGUGGAUCCACACCGCACUCAUUGAGAAAGUGCUGGACAAGAUCGUGCUGUACCUGGUGGAAAACAGCAGUAAGUUUUAUGAGAAGGAGGCUAUCCUAAUGGACCCGGUGGACGGCCCUAUCCUCGCCUCUUUGUUAGUGGGCCCCUGUGCAUUAGAGUACACAAAAAUGAAGACGGCAGAUCAUUUCUGGACGGAUCCUUCAGCUGACGAGUUGGUGCAAAGGCAUCGUAUUCACAGUGGCCACUGUCGACAAGACUCGCCUACAAAGAGACCUGCCCUCUGCAUUCAGAAAAGACACUCCAGUAGUAGUAUGGAUGAAAGGCCAUCUCCCUCCCCCUCUGCCAGAGACUACGUGGAGUCUCUUCAUCAGAAUUCCAGAGCGACCCUCCUGUUCGGCAAGAACAACGUACUGGUGCAGCCGAGGGAUGAUAUGGAAGCAAUCCCAGGAUACCUCUCUCUGCACCAGACGGCUGACUGCAUGACUCUGAAAUGGACGCCAAAUCAGCUAAUGAACGGCUCUGUGGGAGAUCUCGACUAUGAGAAGAGUGUUUACUGGGACUACGCCAUGACAAUCCGCCUGGAGGAGAUUGUGUACUUGCACUGUCAUCAGCAGGUAGACUGUGGGGGAACAGUGGUUCUGGUUAGUCAGGAUGGGAUUCAAAGGCCUCCGAUUCGUUUUCCCCGCGGUGGUCACCUUCUUCAGUUCCUCUCCUGUCUUGAAAAUGGUCUUCUGCCUCAUGGCCAAUUAGACCCACCCCUUUGGUCCCAGAGAGGAAAGGGUAAAGUAUUUCCUAAGCUAAAAAAGAGAUGUCCACAGGGAUCCUCAGACUCUGUCUCAGACAAAGAAGAGGAAGAAGCAACCGAUUAUGUCUUCCGCAUUAUUUUCCCAAACAGCCAUUCAGAUUUCGUGACUGUUACCCACACCUCCCAUCUCUCCCUGGGUACUGUCCUCCUGGCCCGAUCUCUCUCCCUGAAUUCGAGGAGGCUAUGGCCUCAUAAACGCCAGACCCUGGUGAUGCCAAUGCGCCACUGCAGUUGCCCGGGAGGGCCCCCGUCCUCCCCUGAGCCCAGCUUGGCACCGGAAUUGAUAGAUCAGGGAGCAAACAUGUGGCACCCAACACCAAGGAAAUCAUCUUGCUCUUCCUGCUCACAGAGUAGCUUCUCUGAUGGAGCACCGCCCAAUGGAUGCAACCAUGAAAGGGCCCCUCUAAAGUUGCUAUGUGACAAUAUGAAGAACCAAAUCAUCUCCCGGGCUUUCUACGGAUGGCUUGCGUACUGCCGUCACCUGUCCACAGUCCGCACUCACCUGUCUGGCCUUGUUAAUCACACUAUUGUGGAACCAGAUGUGCCUGGUGAUGCGUAUGGUGGCCUCACGACAGAAGUGUGGCAGAAGUUUCUUCAAGACUGCAACGCCUAUGAAGAAAAUGAGUUAUUGCGGCUAGUUUAUUUCGGUGGAGUUGAGCCUUCUUUGCGCAAAGAGGUCUGGCCCUUCCUGCUGGGUCAUUACCAAUUUGGGAUGUCUGAGGCUGAAAGAAAAGAGGUGGAUGAGCAGAUGCGAGCGUGCUACGAACAGACCAUGAGCGAAUGGCUGGGGUGUGAGGCCAUUGUUAGACAGAGAGAGAAAGAACAGCACGCAGUGGCAUUAGCCAAGUGUUCAUCUGGGACAAGUAUGGACAGCACCACGCUGAGAAUUAUGCACCGUGACUCCACCAUCAGCAAUGAGUCCUCACAGAGCUGUAGUUCAGGCAGACAAAGAGAUUCCAGGCUGCAGAGUGACUCCAGCAGCAGCACUCAGUUCUUCACUUCCCAAAACCCCUUCCCCUGGAGUAGCCUACUUCCCUUUGGUUUGUUUUCCCAGGUGUUUGAAUCCGUUGAAGAGGUCGACCAGAUUGAGUCUGAGCUCAAGGGGGACGACAAACAUGUUUCCAAAAUCUCAAACGGAACACCCCAAAUUGGCACCAGUUCUCCAGACUCUGGUCAACCCUCUUCCAGAAACUUCUCUGUUACUUCUGGGCAGUCAGACUCCUUGAGUACAGAGGACAGUGGGAUACAUGAGCCAAACCUCAAAGCCCAACCACAGCUAGUAGUAUCAAAGGAAAGUGUUGCAAAUUCAUCUGAAGAGGAAGGAAAGCUGACUGAGGAAGGUGAGACCGAAAAGAUGAAGAAACAGGGUGUGAGAGAAGAUAAUAAAAUUGAGGUUGACAAAGUGUCUUUGGAUGCAGUGGUGACAAUAUCAGAGGGAAGCAAAAAGGCCACGGAGAUCUCUGAUGAUAGGGCAGAGGUUGAACCAGAGGGGUUAAAAACAGCUUUUGAGACCCCUGGAGCAGCUUACAGCUACGUGACCAAAAUGGAAGUGGGUGAAUCUCCAGAGAAAACCUUGACAACAGAAAACGAAGCGCUGACACGGCGAACUGAGCCAGAUAUUCCCAAAGCAACAGAGGUCGUGGAAUCGACUCCUCCAGAGCCAAAGAUGAAUGAGAAUCAGGUAAGGGUGGGCGUUGAAAGGUCCCAAGUGGGAAAUAAAGAUGUUAGAGCAGUCAGAAAGGAACCUUUUGUAACAAAAGAUCAUAAGGUAUCAGAUGCACUUGAGCAGAAGGUUGUAGCUGACAUGCUAGUGUCUGUUUCAAAGGAUGGUGAUGCAGAGAAGGAAACGGCGAAAACCAAUGAAACAAGCAAAGAUAAAGACUCCGAGGCAUGGAUGGAGGACGCCAGCAAUGUAAGUGGCACACAAAGAGUGUUAAGAACAGAUAAUGGGAAAGAAAAGAAGACUCUGAAGACCAAUGACUUACCCAAUGAAGCUGGAACAACAGGAAAGAGGAAAGCAGGUUCUGAUCUCCCAACAGCCAUUGGUGCAGAGCAAACAGAAGGGAAGGUUGUCACAAAGAAGACCACGCAUAAAGAAAUGCAGAGGAAUGCUCCAGUAGUUGAAGAGAUGGUGGUUCCAUUGGUGCACGAAGCUUUUAGCACAAGAAAGAUGAGCGAGGCCCAAGAUGAAACGGAGUCAGACGAGUCUCCCUCUGCCAUUGAAAUGGAAGAGAUUCCUAUAGCUAAAGUGUCAUUGGUUUGGGAAAGCAAGAGUUCACCCAAAAGAAAGACAAGUGAGCAGACAUCUGUAACUGUUUUGGAGCUCAGGCUGGAGGAAGCUCAUGGAAAGCCCAGCUCUGAAGGAAAGGACUCUGAGGAGCCAGAGAUGGAGAGUCUCUGCCCACAGCUUGAUUCACUGGCUGUGAACACUGAGAAGAAUGAAGCUGCCUCUCCAGUGUCCUCUAUAGGGACCACAUAUUCUCAAGAGCUUUUGGACAUGUAUACUCUAAAUCUGCAUCGCAUAGAUAAAGAUGUUCAGCGCUGUGACCGAAAUUACUGGUAUUUCACACCUGCUAACUUGGAGAAACUGCGCAACAUCAUGUGCAGUUACAUCUGGCAGCACCUUGAAAUCGGAUAUGUCCAGGGCAUGUGUGACCUGCUCGCUCCCUUGCUAGUUAUUCUAGAUGAUGAGGCCAUGGCUUUCAGUUGUUUCACUGAACUAAUGAAAAGGAUGAAUCAAAAUUUUCCUCAUGGAGGUGCGAUGGACACCCACUUUGCCAACAUGAGAUCUCUGAUCCAGAUUUUAGACGCAGAGCUGUUUGAGCUAAUGCAUCAGAAUGGAGAUUACACCCACUUCUACUUCUGCUAUCGCUGGUUUCUUCUUGACUUUAAAAGAGAGUUGGUGUAUGAUGAUGUGUUUGCUGUUUGGGAGGUCAUCUGGGCUGCUAAGUGUGUCUCCUCCAGCCAUUUUGUGCUCUUCAUUGCUCUUGCAUUGGUGGAAAUCUACAGAGACAUCAUCCUAGAGAACAAUAUGGACUUCACAGACAUCAUCAAGUUUUUCAAUGAAAUGGCUGAGCAUCACAAUAUCAAACAGAUUCUGACUCAGGCUCGAGACCUGGUGUGCAAAGUGCAGACACUUAUAGAGAACAAGUAAUUCUGAAACCUCUCACAUCUCUUGUUACUCGUGUUCACAAUGUAUCCCAUCAGCCCUUGCUACUAGACAACAGGGAAUAUUUGGCCAAAGCUUAAUGAGCUUCAAGUGUAUAGGUAGCAUAACAUUUCUGAUGCCAAACAUCUUGAUCUACCUGAAAUCAGUCAGUGUGCAAUUUUUUUUUAAUGGAGUCAUCUGGCUCUUAAAUCAGGUUUUACUAAACAUCAUAAGUAGAUGCUGCUAAUGAGUGGUCAUUCACUGUAUGACAUGGAAUUUUGUCCUGUUUACAAUGCAGACAGGAUUACCAAGCACUGGUGACUUGUAAACUCUAUUCCACAACCUAGUGUGCUGCCUUGCUGUCUACUGCCUGCAUAAACUGAAACUGAAUCUUAUAAAUGACUGAUUUGUUUACAACUUGAUUUCAGUAGAAUUUGGUGUUGUAUGUUGCUAAACUAACACAUGGCACACAUAAAUUCUGGGUAAAAUAGUCCAUUUUAAUCAGAUUUAACUUUUUAUUGAUACUUUUGAGUGAAAAUAAGCACUUAUAAAUAUUAUUCUCACAUUUUCCACCAGUUUUUUAGUUUUUUACUGUAUCGUGUUGCAAUGCAUUCUGGGAUUGCCUUCUCCAUGCAUGUGAUGCUGCCUUAGAAUUUGACCAAAAGAACGUAUCGUAGAAGGCAGCAUAAUGUUGCAGAGAUGUGCCUAUGAUGCCUUAAAAUGCUGCCUAUGUAGGCAGCUCACUAGGUUUUGAAACAGAGCAACAGAAGUUCAGGUCAGGUGCAUUUUACUUCUAAGAGGCGGUCACACUAGAUGUCGCGAUCCAUUCACCUUAAUUUUUGUGCAUAUGAAAGUGACAGAGCAGAUGCACACCCAAAAUAUGGGUUCUCAUUUUUUUUUUUUUUUGAAAGAAGACUCUUAUGCUCACCAAAGCUGCAUUUAUUUGAUCAAAAAUACAGUAGAAACCGUAAUAUUUUCUAUAUAUAUUGUAAAAUGUAAUUUAUUCCUGUG